CGAUGCAUAACCUGCUUCCCCUUCCGUCCGCUGCCUCCUCUCCUUCCCUCCUCCUCCUCCUCCUCUCUCUCUCUCUCUCGCUACCCUCUCGCUCCCAGACGACUGUUGUGCCGCCGCCGCCGCCGCCGCCGCCGCAGCAGCAGCACUAGGCCAGGUGCUGAGGCUUUCCUUGGUCUCUUCGCCGGCGACGAGCACCCACCAGGGCAUGAAAAUGUCAGCAAGUGCUUUGAAAGAUCUCAAUGUUUCUCAAUCAGCAAACCUGGAGAAUGGAAAAGACAAUUCUGUGAAAUCCUGCAUUAGCAAGCCUGUGUUAAAUGGCAACAGUUGUGCCAAAAAGGAAGAAAGUUCUCUGUCUGCUUGCCCUGAUGCAGUGACGAAUGGAAAUGUGGCUGGAAAUGCAGACGUGGAGUACAUUGAUUCUGAGAAUUUAGUAGAUCUACCAGAUGUUGAUGCAGCUCUAAGUACCUUAGUUAAAAGGUUGGAUUCAAAGGACUGGGUUAUGACAUGUGAAGCUCUCAACAAUGUUCGGCAGUUGGCAAUGUAUCACAAGGAAAGAUUGCAGGAGCUGCUGGAGCCUCUAGUUCCGCUUAUCGUGAAAUCUGUGAAGAAUCCAAGAAGCGCUGUAUGCAAAACAGCACUAAUGACUUGUGCUGACAUCUUUAAGGCCUAUGGAGACCUAAUGGUUGACUCCAUCGAUCCACUGUUAAUGCAGUUGUUUCUAAAGGCUUCACAAGAUAAGCGAUUUGUCUGUGAAGCUGCUGAGGCAGCUCUUAUAUCAAUGACAAGUUGGAUCUCCCCUUUACUACUGUUACCAAGAAUGCAGCCCUACCUCAAGAAUAGGAAUCCACGGAUUCGAGCAAAAGCAUCAGUGUGUUUCAGCAAGAGUGUGCCUUGCCUAGAUGUGCAGGGAAUCAGAGAAUAUGGAAUGGAUAAGCUCAUCCAGAUUGCAGCAACCCAACUUAGUGACCAGCUUCCCGAAUCAAGGGAGGCUGCUCGCAACCUGGCACUGGAACUACAAGUAAUCUAUGAGAAGUCUCAGGCCUCAACCUCUGAUGAAAAUGAGAGCGAACCUUCUGUUUCACAAGAUGCUGAAUCAUGGGAGGCUUUCUGUCAGUCCAAGCUUUCUGCCUUGAGCGCCCAAGCCAUCCUCCGUGUGACCUCUACUACUCCAAAAGAGGGUGUUGCCUCUACCACAAAAACUACAAAAGAGGGUGUUGCCUCUACUACAAAUACUACAAAAGAGGGUGUCACCUCCGCCCCAAAAGAAGGUUUGGCUGUGGAUUGCUAGCAUAUAAGCCACAAGGAGUUUGUAGAUGCAACGGAAGCGCGUUUGUCCACCCCCUUCACUUUUCUUGCUGUACAUGCUUAUGGCUGGUCCUUUGAUACAUCCAGUUGGGAAUCCGUUGAUUAUUGGUUCAGGAAUUCAGGUGUGACCAUGGUGUUAAUAUUGGUGCGACAUAUAUCUGUUAUAGUUGAUUGAUUGUAUAAUCAUUUUGUUCCACUACUUGGUAUUUGAUUGGUCAGGUGAAUGUAGAAUUCCCUCCACGGUUCAAUGUUAUAUACCAGUCCUUUUGCUGCCGCACUGGGUGCAAGUUAGAGGUUCUCUAUGUUAUUUUGAAA